CAGUUCCGAUUUUGUUGGGCUGAUGAUUAGCACUAGCAUCAGUGAAAAGUUUUGCUUUUGUUCGGGCAAUGAACACGUGAGGAAAAAUUGCUGAGGGGUUUUUGUUGAUGUGAUGAGAUAAUACCUGCCUAUCAGUAUUCCGUUCUGUGAUAAAUAUUGAUCCAAUUAUUGUUUGAUCGAAAAUGAUUGGGCUAUUAUUGAUGACGGUGGCGUUGACAAAUCUGGGCCUUGGGGAGCCGGCUAGCACAAGAUCCGCGACGGAGUUAAAUGCGGCCGCUUUUUUGCGCUACCUGGAGCCGCUAGUUUUGGAUCGUAUAAAUCGCGAAACGGUCGCCUCUUGGGAGUACGAGAGCAACAUCAAUGACGUAAAUGCCGAGUAUUCACAGAAAGUAUCGGUGGAAAAUGCAGAAUUCUCAAAGGAUGUUGCCCGUGAGUUGCUGAAGUACGACUACAAAAACUUCAAGGAUCAGGACUUGAAGCGCAAGAUCCGUAAGCUUACGGAUUUGGGCUAUGCAGCCCUGCCGGAGGAUAAGUUUACCCAGCUACUGGAUGCGGUCUCCAGUAUGUCGGAAAACUACGCCAAGGUGAAAGUGUGCGAUUACAAGAACCGUUCCAAGUGUGAUCUUGCGCUGGAACCGGAACUGACGGAAAUAUUCGCUACAAGUCGUGACCCGGAAGAGCUGAAGUACUACUGGACUCAGUGGUAUGAUGCGGCUGGAACACCCACUCGGAAGGAUUUCGACGCCUAUGUGUCGUUAAACCGGGAAGCAGCUCAAAUGAACAAUUUCACUUCGGGAGCGGAAUCUUGGUUAGACGCUUACGAAGACGAUACAUUUGAGAACCAGGUUGAUUCCGCGAUGAAAGAACUGAUGCCUUUGUACGAACAAAUUCACGCCUAUGUCCGAUACAAGCUGCGAGAGAAAUAUGGCAACGAUGUAGUAUCGGAAAAGGGACCGAUUCCGAUGCAUCUUUUGGGGAAUAUGUGGGCUCAAUCUUGGGACAACAUUGCCGAUUUCACCACACCGUACCCGAAUAGUCAGCAACUGGAUGUGACGGAAGAAAUGAUAAAACAAAACUACAAUCCAAUCCAAAUGUUCCAAAUGGGUGAUGAAUUUUUUGUUUCGUUGAAUAUGACCAAAUUACCUCAAACUUUCUGGGAAAAGAGUAUUUUGGAGAAACCCAACGAUGGACGUGAACUUGUCUGUCACGCUAGUGCAUGGGACUUCUACAAGAAGGACGAUGUGCGAAUUAAGCAGUGCACCCGGGUGAACAUGGAAGACUUUUUCACCGUUCAUCACGAGCUGGGUCACAUUCAGUAUUACUUGCAAUACGGACAUCUACCGAGCGUGUAUCGUGAAGGUGCCAAUCCUGGAUUCCAUGAAGCAGUUGGAGAUGUAAUUUCGCUUUCGGUAUCAACUCCGAAGCAUUUGGAGCGUAUCGGUUUGCUGAGCAACUUUGUUCUUGACGAAAAUACCAAGAUCAAUCAGUUCUAUCGAUCUGGACUGGCCAAAUUUGUGUUCCUUCCAUUUGCUUACACUAUUGAUAAGUAUCGGUGGGGAAUAUUCCGAGGAGAUAUUAAACCAGAGGAAGCCAACUGCAAGUUCUGGGAGCUACGAACCAAGUUCUCUGGUAUCGAACCCCCAGUAGUUCGUUCAGAACAGGACUUUGAUGCCCCUGCCAAAUAUCACGUAUCAGCUGACGUCGAGUAUCUUCGUUAUCUGGUGUCGUACAUUGUUCAGUUCCAGUUCCACCGAUCAGCCUGUGAACUUGCCGGCGAAUACGUUAAAGGUGACCCGGAAAAGACGGUGAAUAAUUGUGAUAUCUAUCAAAGCGCUGAAGCCGGUAAUAUGAUCAAAGCUAUGCUUUCGAUGGGAUCUUCCAAACCAUGGCCAGAUGCAAUGGAGGUGUUAACCGGUCAGAGGAACAUGAGCGCCGAUGCAUUACUAGAGUACUUUAAUCCACUGUACGAGUGGCUGCUGGAAGAGAACAAGCGACUGGGUGCCUUCAUCGGUUGGGAGGAAUCGAAAAAAUGCAAAUCAGCAAAAUCAAAAACUGAAGAAAGACGUGUCGGAAACUUAUCAUUACUUUGGCAAUCUGGUUCCCAAACAUUCAACGUACGUACGUUUCGGCGAAUCCGCUACGGAUAUAGUUUAUUCCUCUUAUAGUUGAAUUUAAUGUGAUAACUUUACGUAUAAUAAAAAUUUGAAUCAUUGCGACA